AUCUCCCAUCUACUAUAGGGUUUCAAGAUUUGCGGAAUUCGUUGUCCUUGCUUGAGUUUUUGUCUACUACAGUUGAGAGAACCAUGACGACCAUUCGGCGAUUCUGUUGCGAUGAUCUACUCAAGUUCGCCAACGUGAACAUUGACCAUCUCACUGAAACUUUUAGCAUGGCAUUCUACCAGACUUACAUGGCAAGGUGGCCAGAUUAUUGCCAUGUAGCGGAGGCACCGAAUGGAUCAAUUAUGGGUUACAUUUUAGGGAAGGUGGAAGGGCACAACGAGAAUUGGCAUGGGCAUGUUACAGCGGUUACCGUGGCCCCUGAAUACCGACGGCAGCAGCUUGCAAAGAAGCUGAUGCAAAUCCUAGAGGACAUCACUGAGAAAUCGUACAAUGGCUACUUUGUGGAUUUAUUUGUACGUGCAUCGAACAUCCCUGCAAUAACGAUGUACCAGAAGCUUGGAUAUUCAGUGUACCGACGGGUUCUUAGAUAUUAUUCGGGUGAAGAAGACGGACUUGACAUGCGAAAAGCCAUGAAACGGGAUGUGCAUAAGAAAUCGAUCAUUCCCUUGAAACGAGAAAUAACGCCUGAAGAGUUGGAGUAUGACUGACCUCUUGGAGACCAAUUGUUCAAGUGAUUUAUUUUUACGAAUAUCUGUCAUAUAUGUAGCGAAAUUCCUCAAGAGUUCAACAAUUAGGGAUGCUUCCUGAUUACAUCCUUCAUUUGUUUGACCUGCCGUUCAAAUUUGAUGCAUUUUGUACCUUUAUCGCUUGCAUGCA